UCGGUGAACAGCAUGCGGCAGACGGCAUUGACAGCAUCACAAUGAGGUGCGCGAUCGUUCUACUGGCUCUAGCAGCUUUUGGGGCGGCUCUGCCCUAUCAGCAGCAACAGCAGAAGCAACGUGCUGCUGAUCAAGAUCUUCUGCAGAAGCAGCAACACGUUAUCCAGCUAUUGCAACAGAUUCCCCAAGAAAUCCCGAGCGAACAUCUGCAGAACCUUGGCACUACCUAUGAUAUCCAGGGCAAUUGGCAACAGUAUGAAAAUCCGAUCCUUGUCAAGUACUAUGCAGGUGCUGUGCAGGCCGGUCUAGUACAACCGAAAGGCACUGCUUUUUCCAGCAGCGUUAGUCAACUUCGCAAGGAGGUCGCGCUUCUCUAUAGAAUUUUAUUAGGUGCCAAAAAUUAUCAGACAUUUUUGGCAACCGCUGCUUGGGCCCGCGUUCACGUUAACGAAGGACAAUUCGUCAAGGCUUUCAUCUCAGCUGUUCUGCAACACCCAGAGACCCAGGGUGUCAUUCUGCCGCCUCUUUAUGAAAUUAUUCCUCAGUCUUAUUUCGAUGCUAGGAUCAUCCAAGAAGUUCAAAAUGUUGUUGCACAAGGCGUUGUUGAACAAAGCCCCGUUGUUAUUCCCGUGAACUAUUCCUCCAAUUUGCUCAACGGUGAACAUCAGCUUUCCUACUUUACGCAAGACAUCGGCCUUUCCAACUACUACACCUUCGUUAAUCUCGCUGGAUCCUUAUUGCAACAGUAUAAUGGACAGCAACAGCAAACACCGGUGCAGUAUCAAAACGUUCAGAAUCAGGAAAGUCAAAUAGGCCAGGGAUCUCUCUACUAUUACCUUCACCGACAACUACUGGCCCAUUACGAGCUGAACCGUCUCGCAAACGGACUUGGCCCGAUUCAAAACACCGAUUACAUCAACGUAAACGCGCCGUACCAACCGCAUCUCCGACACAUCAACGGACUCGAAUUUCCUUCACGUCCCUGGAAUCUUCAGCUCAGCCCUCACAAGAAUGAGCUUAUCAAGACUGUUAAGAAAAUCGAACAAAGAUUGAUUGAAGCUAUUGAGUCUGGCCAUGUCAUCACUCCGCAAGGUGCUUUCCUCUCCCUCUAUCAGCCGCAAGGUUUGAACAUUCUUGGACAACUUAUCCAAGGAACGGGCAAGAGCGUUAACCCAAGGUACUAUGGUAAUCUUCAAGCAGCCGCGCGUCAACUCCUUGGUAACGCCCCUGAAGUACAGAACAUCUACGACUACACUCCUUCUGUUCUGGAAUUGGGAAAUACCGCCGUUCAAGACCCAGCUUUCUAUCAGCUUUACAAAAAAGUCAUCCAAUUGUUCCAUCAAUAUCAGGACUCUCUGCCCGCAUACCAGUACAACGAUGUCGUUUUAUCCGGCGUUAGCAUCCAAAACGUCCAGAUUAGCCCACUUGAGACUUUCUUCAACGAUUACUACGUUGAUCUGGAUAGCGUAAGCGCUCAACAGCAAACUGGUCCGCAACAAGUCCAACAACAGCAACAACCACAGCAACAACAGCAACAGCAAGAAAUCAAGGGACAUUUGAAGAGAUUAGAUCAUACACCAUACGAGUACAAGAUCACUGUUCAGAGCGAGCAGAACGUUCCCGGUGCCGUCGUCCGCGUCUACUUGGGACCGAAAUACGACUAUCAGGGCAAGCCCAUCAGCAUCUCUCAACAUAGACAGCAAUUCGUCGAACUCGAUCAAUUUACAACCGACCUUCAACAAGGACAGAACGUCAUUGUCAGGAAUUCUCAACAGGCGCCAAGCCAUAGCUUCGAUUACCCAUCUGUUCAAGAAAUCAAGCAGAGCGUCAACAACGCUAUCCACGCUCAGCAACCAUACUACAUCACCGAGCCGCAACAACUCUUUGGUUUCCCGGCUAGAUUGGCUCUUCCUAAAGGUCAACAGGGUCAAGGAUUCCCAGUUCAAUUCUUUGUUGUAAUUUCUCAGCCAGGACAACAAAGCCCCUCUUAUGGACCAGUAAUCCCGCAACAAUUCCAAACGUACCAACAAAAUGAAUAUCAAGUAGUUGGCACCGAGGAAUACCAACAGGUUCAACAUCAAAAUAUCAAGGGUCUGCAGCAAACUGUGGAAGUUGUGCCUGAAGUUCUGCCAAUCAAUCAGCAAAUAAAUCAAGCUGUAAGGAACCAUUAUGCCAAUCUCUACACCCAACAACACGGACACUAUCCGUACACGCAUACUCAAUAUCAAGUCGGCCAGGGACAAGUACAAGGACAAGAACAAAACGUUGGCCCGUGGGUACAAAGCCAAUGGGUGCAUGGAUCGUGGCAACAACAGUCCCAAAACGUCCAAGAACAACAGCAAUGGAGUCAAUCUCAAGGCAUCCACCAGGGACAACAGUACAGCGGAGUCCACCAUGUAGUGCCAACUGGUGUACAAGAUACACAACAAAACAACCAAGGCGUACAAGGAGUACAGCAGAACGUACAAGGUGUACAAGGAGUAACGCAAAACGUACAAGAAUUACAAGGUCUGCAAAAUGUUGGUGGCAUUCAGUCUGGAAUUCAUGGUAAAUACCAAACUACCUACCAAGGACAGAGCCAACAGCAGCAAGGAUACGGUGCAGGACACAUUGGUAGGGGACAAUAUCACGCUGGCGGUUUCCAAGGUAUCUUCAGUCAAGGACAAAAGAUACAAGACAGUUCUGUCCACCAAUACUACCAGAAUAAGCACAUCUCCCAAAUUAUUGGUGGUGCUAUUUCUCUCGACGGUAAGCCCCUCGGCUAUCCGUUUGACAGACCCUUGAGCACUAGCGCUCUUUCCGUACCUAAUUUACAUGUACAAACGGUCUACAUUCAUCAUAAAGGCCAACCUACCAACGAAGUGAACAAUCAGUGAAAAAUGUUCCUAUAAAUCAGACUUAAUAGAUGCGACAUUGUCAUCUGUAACGAUGAUGUUUAAACAAGAGCAUUUUUUUUUUAUUUUUUCAA